AUGACUCGUCGACUGUCAAACACUUUUUCCAGUAACUCCUCCUCGUCUUCCUCUCCGGCCACCGACAAGGGUGGAAGCGUUGUCAAAAAUUCGACAAAAUCUAAUCGUCUGAGUCAACUUUUCUCGACAUCGCCCAAGUGCAAGGCCGAUCCUCCGGCGGCUCACACAGCUCUUGUCGCCGCCAGUAAAUCGAGCGUACCGAUAAGUUCGCCGUCACUGUCUCUUCCCACAAUCUCACUGUCUACGGCAACUGCCGACAGCCGCAAUAUGGACGAACCGCCGACGACGCUAUUUCAGCCACCGUCGCAUGAAGAGACGAGACGCCUGGCAAAGCAACAUGCCCAAUUCGCCCCGAUUAGCCAUCCAAGCCACAGACACACAAGUCGACACCCAGGCGGACCGUUCCCCGAACCUGUCAUGGACGAACCUCCUUAUUAUUACCUUUUGACCACUUAUAUUAGUUAUUUAAUCCUGAUUGCCUUUGGCCACGUUCGAGAUUUCUUCGGCAAGCGUUUCAAGGAAGAGAAUUACCGUCACUUAAAAUCGCGGAACGGCUAUGGCGCAUUGAACAGCGACUUUGACAAUUUUUAUGUCCGUCGGUUGAAGCUGCGUAUCAAUGAUUGCUUUGAACGUCCAGUGACGGGGGUUCCGGGCCGUUAUAUCACUCUUAUUGAUCGUGCCACCGAUGACUAUAACCGACACUUUUACUUUACCGGCACGACUACGGACACGUUGAACAUGAGCUCGUACAAUUACCUUGGAUUUGCUCAGUCAGAAGGUCCUUGUGCAGAUGCCGUCGAAGAGAAUAUUCGAAAGUAUGGCAUCAGCUCAUGCAGUACGCGUGCAGAAUCUGGAACAACAGAUCUCCAUGUUGAAGUCGAAGAUUUGGUGGCCAAGUUUGUAGGAAAGGAGGCAUCAAUGGUGUUUUCCAUGGGCUUCGGUACAAACGCCAACAUUUUCCCUGCGUUGGUGAACAAAGGAUGCUUGAUUAUCUCAGACGAACUCAAUCACGCCUCCAUUCGGUUUGGCGCACGGCUUUCAGGUGCAUCCAUUGGCAUGUUCAAACACAAUGACAUGAAGUCGCUAGAGGAGAAACUACGAGAGGCUGUUUCGCAGGGACAACCACGCACUCACCGGCCGUGGAAGAAGAUCCUGGUCGUGGUUGAGGGACUCUACUCCAUGGAAGGAUCAAUGUGCAACUUGCCGGGUCUGAUCGAGCUGAAACGGAAAUACAAAUUCCAUCUUUUCAUUGAUGAAGCACACUCUAUUGGUGCGGUUGGCCCUCACGGACGCGGUGUAUGCGACUAUUUCGGGGUAGACACAAAGGAGGUUGAUAUGUUGAUGGGAACGCUCACAAAGUCCUUCGGUGCCAACGGUGGAUACAUUGCGGCCGACAAGGCGAUGAUAGACUGUCUUCGCGCAUCGAAUGCAGGCGUCAUGUUUGGCGAAGCACCGACACCCCCAAUUCUCACACAGAUUAUGACCUCUCUUCGUUUAAUAAAUGGCGACAUUCUCCCCGGUCAGGGAGAGGAGAGGUUGCAACGGCUGGCAUUCAACUCGCGGUAUCUCAGACUUGGAUUGAAACGCCUCGGAUUUAUCGUUUAUGGACAUGACGACUCGCCCAUCAUUCCGGUUCUCCUCUUCAACCCCGCUAAGAUGCCAGCGUUUUCUCACGAAAUGCUCAAACGCAAGAUCUCCGUGGUUAUUGUCGGAUACCCCGCCACACCGCUUGUUUCUUCUCGCGCCAGAUUCUGUGUCUCAGCAGCGCACAACAAGGAAGACUUGGAUCGACUAUUGACUGCGUGCGACGAGAUUGGCAACGUGCUUCAACUCAAAUUCUCCACCGGUAUCGCCGGCGGCGCACUUCCGCCAGCAGAGGGACUUACCCCAGAGAUGGAAAAGGAGUACUACCAGCGCCAACAACAACGAAUGGGCAAUCCCAAUGCGACGCCUACGCCCCCGCGAUGGCGCAUUGAGGAUGUGAUACGCCGGGGAGCUCAAGAUACGAAGCGUCCGCUCGUUUAG